UAGCUCCCCUGCUCUGGAAAAUGAGCAUCCUCAAGGAAGUCACUGGAAGAUGUGCUCCACCAAAACAAGGGAGUAAUCAGAAAAGAUGAAAACAUGAGAUACAGGAAACAAGAGUGCCAAUAGAGGAGAGUCGUAAAAAGCCCCCUGGAUGGUGAUGAAGGAAGAUCCCAGGAUGGCAGCAGUACACACCAGGCAAACCAGUCCAGAUUUGAACAGAGACUCCAGAAUCCAAUAAUAGCGUGUAUACUUCCUUCAUGAAGUCUCAUCGCUGCUAUGACCUGAUUCCCACGAGCUCCAAAUUGGUUGUAUUUGAUACUUCCCUGCAGGUGAAGAAAGCUUUCUUUGCUUUGGUGACUAAUGGUGUACGUGCUGCCCCAUUGUGGGAUAGUAAGAAGCAAAGUUUUGUGGGCAUGCUGACCAUCACAGAUUUCAUCAAUAUCUUACAUCGCUACUAUAAGUCAGCCUUGGUACAGAUCUAUGAGCUAGAAGAACACAAGAUAGAAACCUGGAGAGAGGUGUACCUACAGGACUCCUUUAAGCCACUUGUCUGUAUUUCUCCAAAUGCCAGCUUGUUUGAUGCUGUCUCUUCAUUAAUUCAAAACAAGAUCCACAGGCUGCCAGUUAUUGACCCAGAAUCAGGCAACACCUUGUACAUUCUUACUCACAAGCGCAUCCUGAAGUUCCUCAAAUUAUUUAUCACUGAGUUCCCCAAGCCAGAGUUCAUGUCUAAGUCUUUGGAAGAGCUGCAGAUUGGCACCUAUGCCAAUAUUGCUAUGGUCCGUACUACCACCCCCGUAUAUGUGGCUCUGGGCAUCUUUGUACAGCAUCGAGUCUCAGCCCUGCCUGUGGUGGAUGAGAAAGGGCGUGUGGUGGACAUCUACUCCAAGUUUGAUGUUAUCAAUCUGGCAGCAGAAAAGACCUACAACAACCUGGAUGUGUCUGUGACCAAAGCUCUUCAACACCGUUCACACUAUUUUGAGGGUGUUCUCAAGUGCUACCUGCAUGAAACUCUAGAGACCAUCAUCAACAGGCUGGUGGAAGCAGAGGUUCACCGACUGGUAGUGGUGGAUGAGAAUGAUGUGGUCAAGGGAAUUGUAUCACUAUCUGACAUCCUGCAAGCCCUGGUGCUCACAGGUGGAGAGAAGAAGCCCUGAGCAGGAGGAAGGGGUCAGGCAGCAUCAGGAGAUAUACUUCAGUUGCUGCCUGAUGAAAGAAAUGACUGUUCUCUAGUCAGAGCCCCCUACCCUCUCUGAGAGCUAGGGGAGACAUGGGGAAAGAAGAAAGGAUUUUUAGCUGCCCUCACCUUCACAUGUACUCUUGAGAAAAGCUUUUAGCUUAGCCAGUCCCAGCCUCUGUUCUCUUAGACAUUGCCCCCUUUUGGGUAUACUAUGAGCUCUGUGCUCCUCAGGCAAAUACUGAUCUCUAAGAGAUCCCUAGACCUCACUCUUCUUUGACUCUGUCUCUGUUCUGACUCUACCCUAAGCUAAUAGCACAACCAAACUUCAUAUUUUUAUUCAUCCUAGUUCAUGCUGUAUGGAGGAGGCUGAGUCCAUUUAGUGUCAUUUCUUCCGGUGAUCCAAGUGGGGAUGAUUGUGGGGAGGAAGAUUUUGGGUUCUUGUGCUGUAUGCACAUGAAGGGAGAUGGUUAGGUGGUGGAGGAGGACAAAGUGGUUAACCAAGGUUAUUACUUUUCAUGGCAAAGCUAAUUAAAUGACAAGAAUCUCAUGUUAUUGCAGUGUUUGAUUUCUACACUUGAUAGACACUUUCUCCAGCCUUUCUAUUUCAUAUGGCCCCUUCAACUCAUCACUAAUUACAAUAGUAAUAACAACACACAUACAUGUAUGACUGCAUACUAGAUAUCAUUCUCAGUGCUUUACCUAUACAGGUUAAGUAUCCCUUACCAAAGUGCUUGAGACUAUGUGUU